AUGUUUCUGGAGGAUGAAAUUGAGAAUGUCUUUCGACGGCUUCGCGCUCUGCGCGGCGAGAUCGACCUAUCUACAUUGAGUAUCUACUCUGUUGGGAACUCUCGCUCGAGAAUGGACACCGUUCCGGAGGAGAUCUUCCUAAAAAUAUGUCAUUUCACUCUUGCCCCUUUGAAGGGCUCGACUCGUACUCUCUACGGAAGCCUUUUCAGCAACUCGGUGACGGAAAAAGAGCAGAAGAAUCGUGUGAAGACCCUUCAUAUAUUGGCAGGAGUUUGCCGGUCUUGGCGUCGAAUCACCAUCAAGGCGUCGUCUUUGUGGUCUUAUCACAGCGACUGUAUACGCUUCGAACGGAAGGACCCCGAAGAACGAUUUCGCACAUGGAUCCAACGCUCGGGGUCUUGUCCACUCUCUGUGUCCAUCCACAUCCCGACCACCGUGUCCAUCGAUGCAUCUGCAUUGAUCCGCCUCGUGAACGUUCGAGUGGCCAUUCAAUACGCACACGAUACUGAAGACCAGCUUUCACAAGUGUUUCCUUUGGAAGCGCCUCUUCUCGAAAACGUGGUCGUUCUCGCUCAUAGACACGCCGGACUCUCCAUCAAUGAUCUGUUCGCGGCCACUCCAUCUCAGCUCCGCGCACUCGCACUUUCUUACAUAGCAAUCCCAUCGUCCCCCGUGAAUUUCCCCAGCCUCACCAAUCUCUACCUCCACAACUGUGCGGAGGGGGCGACGCUUCAUGGCUUGCUCGGUCUACUCUCUCAUUCCCCCAACAUCCAGUUCCUGUUCUUUCACCGGGACCUGCAUCCUCCAUUGGACUACACAUCCUUAGAGGUACCACUCCCCAAAGUAUCCAUGCGUUCUCUGCGAGUCGUCACAUUCCUCGAGAGCAGGUGGCAAUUCAUCUUCUACAUGAUCAACAGCCUGUCUCUUCCCAAGAACGCCCACGUCCACCUCCGGCCCAGACAAUCCCCUGGCAGAAACGUCGGAAAUGUGGUUCCGGUCGUGCAGCUUCCUUAUCUAACCUUCUACGACGUCGCUACCCGCCUCCAUUUCCAGCUCACUCCAUACGAUAUGGCGAUGGUAAUCGAAGGCUCCCAGGACCCCACGGACCUCUCGCGCCCAGCCGGGCGAUUGCACACACAACACAACGACGCCUACGACUACUUCCGCAGCACCGCGCUUCCGAUGGUCCGCGAGCUAUGCGUACGCCUCAGGGGAUCGCGUGAGCUCAACUGCAACGUAUUCAACACAUUCCUACAUCUUCAUCAGCUGCCGCAGCUCGAGACCCUCGUCCUGGAUGUCGGCCUCCUCGGCUACUCGCACGAUCCUGUCAUGCGGCACGUGGAGAACCUGCUCGACGCCCUGGUACCGCCCACAGGGGAUCUGGUGUGCCCCGCUUUGCGCAGUGUGGUCGUCAUCCUCGAGAUCGAAGAGACGGCGGGGCCGCGCUUCUUCCGCAACCGCUGGCUGACGCUGCUCGAACGGUCCGGGCACGUCAAGAUGCGCGAAAAGCGCGGGUGUCCGCUCGCGCUCAAGGUCAAACUCUGGGUUCCGGUCGUGGGCUCCGACAUGCGGGAAGGCUCUAUAUGGAGAUGGGAUUACGACCCGGUGGCGCCCGGAGCUCUGGGUGAAGACGCGAAGACCCUUUUGGCGGACUCGAAGGCGGAGGACCGGGCUACGACGUCGCUCGUGCAGUGGGUGGAAGCGGCAGGGCAGCGGAACGCGGAUAGAUGCAACCAGAAGGAGCCAUUCCUGUUGGAGCCAUUCGUGUUGAAGGAGAUGGACGAAGCGACGCAGUACUGGGGGAAUGCUGAGAUAUUGAUCCAGCCGUGGAUACUGGACACUAUGUAG